CUCUGGAAGCCGCCCAAGGGCAGCGGCUUGCGAGGGGAUUUGCCGCUCGCCGCCGCCACACGUGCAUGGGAUGCGCCGUCUGCGAGGGAGCGCUGCAGCCAAGUUGCGAGCGCCGAGGGCGUGUGCGCCAGUCGCCGCCGUCGUAAACUGACCCUGGGGGCACGGCCGUGGCUUCGCCCUGGCAAGAGAGCGGCAGACAAUCAGACUCUCGGGCCUCCGAGGCGGACUGCGCAGCGAGUCGCUCCUGUCUGAAGUUUCCCCAACUCGGAGCCGCGAGCUCGCGGCGGCAGCGCCCUCUGUUCCGUCGGCUUAGCAAGCUUCGGAGAUCCUCCCUCCCUACCGCCCUGCCCGCCCGCCCGCCCGCUUGCCUCUCUCCAGCCGCCCGAGCAGCUUCUCCUUAUCUGGGGGCGCAGCGCGCGUGUGUCCGGCCCCGCGGGACGCUUACAAGAGCCGCGACCGCCACCCGGGCGGAGAACGAGGAGAUCAUUUUUGGAGCAUCAGAAAAAAAGGAGAUGUUGCUAUUCAUCAUGAGUGUAAGAAAAGUUUCUGGGGAGAAGAAUGGAACUAAAUAUUUGAAAAGAUCACAUAUAUACACUGUGCUGUCCUUGGGAAUGCUUCUUGUACCUGUCAUUGGAACAUCAAAGCAAAAUGUCCCAAGACUGAAACUGUCCUACAAAGACUUGCUGCUCUCCAACAGCUGCGUUCCAUUCCUGGGCUCGGCAGAGGGCCUGGAUUUUCGAACCCUGCUGCUCGACGAAGAAAGGGGUCAUCUGCUGCUCGGCGCGAAGGACCACAUUUUUCUGCUCAGCUUGGUUGACUUAAACAAAAAUGUAAAGAAGAUACUUUGGCCUGCAGCAAAGGAGAAGGUGGAAUUAUGUAAACUGGCGGGGAAAGAUGCCCAUACAGAAUGUGCCAACUUUAUCAGAGUCCUUCAGCCCUACAACAGGACCCAUGUUUAUGUCUGCGGUACAGGAGCUUUCCACCCAGUCUGUGGCUAUAUAGAACUUGGAACGCACAAAGAGGAAACAGCGCUCAGAUUUGAAGCUCAGAACUUGGAGUCCGGCAGAUUGAAAUGUCCUUUUGAUCCACAGCAGCCUUUUGCGUCUGUCAUGGCAGAUGGAUACUUUUACUCUGGAACUGCUUCUGAUUUCCUUGGGAAGGAUACUGCAUUAACACGGUCACUGGGCAUAUCACAAGACCAUCAUUACAUCCGGACGGAUAUCUCGGAGCAUUACUGGCUCAGCGGAGCAAAGUUCAUCGGAAUCUUCCCUAUUCCGGAUACAUACAAUCCAGACGAUGACAAAAUCUAUUUCUUUUUCCGAGAAACUUCUCAAGAGAGCAGCACCUCUGACAAAACUAUCCUUUCCCGAGUUGGCCGUGUCUGUAAGAAUGACAUGGGAGGUCAACGUAGUCUGAUAAACAAGUGGACGACGUUCCUGAAAGCAAGGCUGGUUUGCUCAAUUCCUGGCCCAGAAGGAGCAGAUACACAUUUUGAUGAGCUACAUGAUAUAUUCUUACUACCAACAAGAGAUGAGAGAAAUCCUAUGGUGUAUGGUGUCUUCACUACUACCAGCUCUGUAUUCAAAGGCUCUGCUAUUUGUGUGUACAGCAUGGCUGACAUUCGAGCAGUUUUCAAUGGACAUUAUGCCCACAAGGAGAGUGUGGAUCACCGGUGGGUUCAAUACGAUGGACGGAUUCCAUACCCCAGGCCUGGUACGUGUCCCAGCAAAACAUACGACCCGCUGAUCAAGUCUACCAGAGAUUUCCCUGAUGAUGUCAUUAGCUUCAUCAGGCGCCACCCAGUGAUGCACAAAUCAGUCUACCCCGUGACUGGAGCCCCUGUCUUUACUCAAAUCAAUGUCGACUACAGGCUGACUCAAAUUGUGGUGGAUCGUGUCAUGGCUGAAGAUGGCCAGUAUGAUGUCAUGUUCCUAGGCACAGAUAUAGGAACAGUACUGAAAGUUUUGAGCAUAACCAAGGAAAAGUGGGACAUGGAGGAAGUGGUGCUGGAAGAGCUACAAAUAUUCAAGCAUCCAACGCCGAUCUUGACUAUGGAGAUGUCUCCAAAACAGCAACAAUUGUACAUUGGUUCCAGAGAUGGAUUGGCUCAGCUCUCACUGCACAGAUGCCACACGUAUGGGAAGGCUUGCGCUGACUGUUGCCUUGCCAGAGACCCAUACUGUGCCUGGGAUGGAAGUUCAUGUUCCCGGUACACACCAACCUCAAAAAGACGUGCAAGGAGGCAAGAUGUAAAAUAUGGAGAUCCAGUCACCCAGUGCUGGGACAUUGAAGAUAGCAUUAGUCAUGAAACCACCGAUGAAAAGGUGAUUUUUGGCAUUGAGUUCAAUUCAACAUUCCUGGAGUGUAUUCCAAAGUCCCAGCAAGCUUCCAUUAGGUGGUUUAUUCAGCGCUCUGGAGAAGAGCACCGAGAAGAGCUGAAACCGGAUGAAAGAAUUAUCAAGACAGAAUAUGGCCUGUUGAUUCGCAGCUUGUUGAAAAAGGACACAGGGACAUACUAUUGUAAAGCACAGGAGCACACAUUUGUGCAAACCAUUGUGAAGUUAAAUUUAAAUGUCAUAGAGAAUGGACAGAUGGAAAGCUCUCAGAAAACAGAAGAUGAAGAGGGGCGGCUACGGGAUCUGCAAGUUGAGUCACGACUGCGGUAUAAGGAUUACAUCCAGCUUCUCAGCAGUCCCAGCUUCAGCCUUGAUGAGUACUGUGAGCAGAUGUGGCACCGAGAAAAGAAACGGCAGCGUAACAGAGGUGGGCCAAAGUGGAAACAUGUCCAAGAGAUGAAGAAGAAACGCAACCGGAGGCACCACCAACCAGCCAGCCAACACACUAGGCUCAUGUCUUCAUAGUUUGCAUAUUUUAUUUAAAGAAAGGACAAUUUUGCAAGUGAAAAUACUUUUGCUAGGUUUUGUGGGCCCUCCCUAUUGGUGUUGCUUUUCAGAAGGACCAGUCAAUGCAUAGUCAUUAAUAUAUAUGAGACCCUGUGGAGGAAUACACUAGCAGUUGUGGAAAAUUUCUUCAGGAACUUCAUGCAGUCAUUCUCAGAUCUGAACUGUGUGAAGAGUUAAUUUAUGUAAUGUGUUCAAUGGCUUUUCCAUUGAUUUCCAUGUAAAAAUAUAUCCCAUGAGCUUCUUGAACAACUGCUAGGCUCCAUCACAGAGGCACCUACUUUUCAAAGUAGGCUGUGGGGUACUGGACAAAUUAUAUAUGCAUCUCUCGGAGCUGGAACAGAUCCAGUGAGUUUGCCUACAUAGUUGUAGAUCACUGGAGUGGAACUCUGGCUCAAGGGCCAGAUCAGGCUUUCCUGGGUCUUACCCCUUUUCCCCCAAACACAAAUCUUUUGCUCAUUCUAGAAGAUUGAGAUGACUCUCUUAAGGCUUAGUGACUCAUAGUAAGAGCUUGAUGCUACACUAUGCUGGUUGCGUUUGGCCUUGGGGAUAUGGCUCCCAAGACCUUUUCCAAAAUUCAGGAUAGAGGUGGCCCCAUCCUUGGUAAGAGUCUGGAAUCUUUCACCUAGCAUAGAAUGCCACCCCGCUCCUUGACUAUUACCAUACAGGGGUUCAUUUCCUCAACUACAAACAUGCAUUUCCUGGGCCCAGCAUGGAUAGAAUAGGUCAUGGGUAAUAUCACUGUUGUAUUCAUAAUAAGCAAAUGUAAUCCUAGCUUUAUAGGGAGAAAUGUAGAGCUUUAUUUGUUAGGUCAAAGUAACAACUGGUUUGAAGGCUAUCUGCUGAAAUGCACUAUGUCUCAAAUCAGAACUGCCAGCAAACAGUAAAUUCUUAAGAAGUAAGUGGGAGGUGUGUACACAAUUCUUACUAGUAAGUCAUGGGAUUUUUGUCAGCACUACUGUCUGAAGAUCCCCUCCCACCCACGUCUCAUCUCAGCAUGCCACUUUAACUCCUUUGCUUCGUUGCAUUUGCUUGUUUGAUUCAAACCCUGAAAGAAAAUUGGCUUCACCAAGAAAAAUGAGGGAAGCAAUUUGCUAUCUCAUGGCAGAAAAUAGUAUUUUACUCCACUGUGUAUUCUUUGUGCAAAGGUCUUGUGUAUUUUAGAGACAGUGGUGCAUUGUGGGAAUUAAGUUUUUAUAUUUUUACUAAAAUAAAAUGAAAACAAAGUCCAUGUGUAAAUAACGCACACUUUAGAUUUGGGCAGCUUAACAAUUUUGUAAAUCCUUAAUUGCUUUGUUCAGGUUUUUUUGCUGUUUAAUACAUGUACAUGUCUACUCCAAGGUGAUUCCCACUCAGUGACCUUUACUCCUGGGCAAUGAAUGUAUAGGAUUGCAGCUACAGUCAUCUUGACUGAGUGGGAAUCUGGUUCGAUGCUGGUGUGAUUUACGCCAGGCUGACCCUGGGAUUUAGUCUUGCAGUUUCCUUGAAGCUGGCUUGCAGACCCAGAAAUGAGAUCAAACAUAUCAUAUCAGUUGCAGGCUGUCCCCACAAAGCCUUCUUAGUGGCAACACUCCCGUUGUUUGCCUUGCCCCCUUUCUGCUCUCCCUCCCUCCUGCACACAUACAAACAUACCAUUUUACUUUUCAUGCCUUUUUGAGUGUGAAAUGACAAAUUAGCCACUUCCUAACAUGGAAGAAAGCUUUGAUGGAUGCUAACUCUCCUUGUUUUUCAUGCAUUCAGCUCAUCUUGGGAGCAAAGUCUGUGGGAAAGCCAUGUAAUUGGUGUGCAGCUUGUUAACACAAAGCCCCAGUUUGAUUCUCAGCUCUGGAAAAAUAGUUGUUGUGAUUUGCUAUUGCUGUGAACAUGUGCAUACAUUUUUCCGAUUAAUAAUUGUACAGCUACUUUUUAUUCUCUUUUGCAUAUGUGUCUGGAUUAAGGGAUACACAUUUGGAAAAUAUAAAUGCUCAUGAUCCACACCACCAUGAAAUAAUCCUGUCAGAGAAUUAAAAUCAUGCAGGUCUCCUACUCCAAA